AUGAAUUUCGAUGUUGGAGGUCCAUCAUACUUAUCAUCAUCUUCAUCUUCGGAUGAUGAUAAUUUUCUGUCCAAUAUCAUUGCAGAGAUUGAUGAAACCGAAGAAGUAAUUUGUGAGUACAUCAACAACAACAUGAUCCUCGUUAACAAUUUACGUCAACACAACUACCAACCAAUCCAUGGUGGCUCGAUUCCCGGUCAUGCAGUGAUCAACCGCGAUCGAGAAAAUGCGCAUCAGAAUUUGGUCAUUGAUUACUUUGCCGAUAAUCCACGUUUUGGAGAAGAUAUGUUUCGUCGUCGAUAUCGGAUGUCAAGAAGUUUGUUCCUUCGUAUUGUUGAUGCAGUGAAAGAUCAUGACUAUUACUUCCAACAACGAAGUGAUGGACUUGGUAGAAUGGGAUUAUCACCGUUACAGAAAGUAACAGCUGUUUUUCGCAUGUUGGCAUACGGUCUACCAGCUGAUGCUACGGACGAAUACGUUAAAAUAGGUGAGUCAACAGCAAUUGAAAGUAUGACAAAAUUUUGUCGUGCUAUGGUGGAAAUAUUCGCAGAGCGGUAUCUACGAACGCCUAACGCUAACGAUAUUGCUAGGCUACUCUAUAUUGGAAAAAAACGUGGUUUUCCAGGAAUGUUAGGAAGUCUUGAUUGUAUGCAUUGGAAAUGGAAAAAUUGUCCAACAGCAUGGUCUGGGCAAUACACAGGACGUAGUGGGUCACCAACUAUUAUCCUCGAAGCUGUGGCAGAUUAUGAUCUUUGGAUAUGGCACGCAUAUUUUGGUAUGCCAGGCACCAAUAAUGAUAUCAAUGUGCUGGAGUCAUCUAAUCUUUUCUCUAACCUAGCUCAAGGUAUUGCUCCUCCCGCUCACUAUGUUAUUCAAGGAAAAGAGUAUAAUAUGGGUUAUUAUUUAGCUGAUGGUAUAUAUCCGAAAUGGGCUACUAUUGUACAAACAAUCCAACAGCCACAAGGUAGGAAGAAAAAAUAUUUUGCCAUGAAACAGGAAGCAUGUAGAAAAGAUGUAGAACGUGCGUUCGGAGUUCUCCAAUCACGAUUUGCAAUCGUGGCAGGAUCAGCACGUUUUUGGAAAAAACAUGUAUUACAUGACAUAAUGACUGCAUGCAUUAUUAUGCACAAUAUGAUAAUCGAGGAUGAACGUGAUCUUUAUGCACAAAUUCAAGAAGUGAGGGAAGCACCAACACCAGAAGUUGAUAUGGUAGCAGAUGAAACUACAAGAUUUGGUCAAUUUAUUGCACGUUACGAAAAAAUCAAGGAUAAAGAUGCCCAUGUUGCGCUUCGUAAUGCAUUGAUAGAUCAUCUAUGGGAGGAAUACACUAAUUCAGAUAGUUAA